AUGAUAGUCAUCCAACAUGCUGUUAUAGAAACAAGGCCAUGCUCAUGAACCCAAAAAAUUGUCCUCCCUCAUAAACGGCACUGACUGCCACUGGAUCACACCUACAGUGUUAAUGCGUUUUGGUACACCAGAAGUACCUACAUUAAUUUCUAAUGGAACCCUGUGUUUGCCUUCUUGCAGUGCGUUCUGUGUGGCACAUACAUUGGAUUUAUCUAAUAUGCAUCAAACUGUGUGCGUAGGAGGCUCGACAGAAAUGGUAGCAGAAUGAUUACGUUUUGCACAUCCAGAUGAUGCUACGUCCCAUUUUGCGCAAUGACACCGUCGGUGUGAUCGAGGCGUCAGAUUGAGAUUGAUUCUGUGGCGCUUGCCAAACAGAGCGCACUCAAAGUUAGGAGAAGCAAGCCCCCUAGAAACCUUUUUAGGCAUGACACUGCAUGCUUACUGGUGAUAUUACUGCUCCUACUUUAUCAGAAGUGGAUUCAAAUUGAGGCUGACCAUACAACUGUGUAAUGUUUUUUUGGGAGAAAAAGUAACCUGAUGGAGUUUAUGGACGAUGCAAUCGUUUGUUCUCCUCGCUUCUCUGUGUGGAUGCGUCCUUUGCUCAGUCUGGCCUUAUCAGAUGCAGUGUUACCACUGUGAAGAGACUCUGUUGGACAAUGACUGUUCAGCUCCAAAGUUCAUUGUCAACUGCACAGCAAACAUCCAGAAUGCCUGUCAGAAGGAGGUUAUUGUGGGUGAAAAUGGUGUGAUUUACAGGAAGGCCUGUGCCUCCUUCUCCACCUGUCUGAUUGUUUCAGCAGGGUAUCAGUCUUUCUGUGUCCCUGGUCGGGUGGGCUCUGUCUGCAUUAGCUGCUGUAACACCCCCCUCUGCAACGGACCCCGCCCCCCCAGGAUCUCCCUGGCCCCCAGCCAUCCCCCCACCAGACCCACUGCGCUCCUCCUCAUCAUCACUGUUUCCAUGGCAACACUGCCCUGAUAUGGACACUGGUAUUGGCUAGAUUGGACUGAAUGUUCUCAGGUGUGGAGGUGCCUGGUGUUGGAGCAAACACUGUCCUGAGAGAUGACUGGACAGGGAUUCUGAAAUCAAAGCAACAGAGCUGUCCGACACAUACCGGUCCAUUGACGGGAGUGAGAAAUUUAGGAAGUAUAUUAAAUCUGACCCAAAAGUUCAUAAAAAUAUGUUGCAUCCAUAGUAAAUUACACUUUAAUCAUUAGUGCAGACUGCACCGAAUCAAAUAGUGUUUAUACCCCAGAGAUGACAGGGUACAUUCAGUACUAUACAUAAUGUUUACAGUUAGGAUGACACACUUGGUGUACAAAAAAAUUAGGAACACUUUCUAAUAUUAAGUUACACUCCCUUUUGCCCUCAGAACAGCCUCAAUUCAUCAGCGCAUGGACUCUACAAGGUGUCGAAAGCGUUCCACAGGGAUGCUGGCCCAUGUUGAUGCCAAAUGCUUCCCACAGUUGUGUCAAGUUAC